AAACAAAAGCAAUCACUCAUCGUUUGGAAGCAAAUAAAUCGGCGGAGCGUAAUUUUUAAUUUUUUUCAUUAAAAACCUGUAGUGGCAAUUAUUUUUCUUACGACCUCUUCAAUCGGUAGAUAUAAUGGGUAACAAGCAAGUGCGCCAGCAUCUGGAAACAGGCCAAAAAACUGGCAUACUGAAGAUUUCGCUGCAGCGCUUGCAGGAAUUCCCACCGCAACUGAAAAACUACCCAAACGUCCUGAAAACACUAGAUCUCUCCGAAAAUCGUUUUGAACGUUUACCCGAUGAACUCGGCCAUUUCACCCUGGUCAAACAUCUGAAUUUAAGCGGGAACAAGCUCAUCGAGCUGCCAGACGUGAUAGGUGAACUAAUUAAACUUGAGGUGCUGCUAGUGAUGAAUAAUUAUUUGGUGAAAAUACCAAAAACUCUAUCGAAUUGCAGUAAUUUAAAAACUGUCAAUCUGACCAAUAAUCAAAUCAAAGAAUUCCCCACCAUGUUGUGCGGCCUUAAACACUUGGAUGUAUUGGAUUUAUCGCGCAAUAAAAUCACCAACGUACCUUCGGAGGUGGGCACACUGUAUGCGACUGAGCUUAAUUUAAAUCAAAAUCAAAUUUCCACACUUUCCGACGAGAUUGCAGUGUGUCCUAAGCUAAAAGUUUUGCGUCUAGAAGAGAAUUGCUUGCAGGCAACUGCAUUUACGCCACGCAUACUAAAAGAAUCAAAGAUCUGUAAUCUAUCUGUGGAUGGUAACCUUUUUAACUCUAAACAAUUUGGCGAAUUAGAGGGCUACGAGGAAUAUAUGGAACGUUAUACGGCGGUCAAGAAGAAAAUGUUCUAAUUAAUUGAUACUCAAAGCAAAAAGAAGACAAAUCUAACGAUGUUGAAAAGAACUGCGCAACUGCUAAUAGAAACCAAAUAGCUGGUUUAAGUGUCACAAAAUACAAUACGCAAAAUGCACUUCACAAAUGGUGAACUUAACACAAGGUGUGUUGUCUAAGGCUCCCUUAGGCCGUUAAGGAUAGUUAGUUAAACAUUUCAAACAUUCAAGUUAUAGAUAACUAUAUGUGUGAAUAUGCGCUAUAUUAUUACAAGUGACAGAAAACGAAAAUCUAGUUAAUUAAAAAAUAUAUAUACCACAUUGUAUUUCCAUAACCAUAUCUAUAUGUAUUUUUGAUUUACAUCACUUCAAAAGCUGUUUGGAUAUUAAAGCUAAGUGGCUCAUAUUAAAUUUUUAUGUGUAACAC